AUGCUCUUCGGACUGACGCAGGACGGCAAGGUCUUUUUUCGGCCCGACGAGAAAGACACGGCCUUUGUACAGCUGCGUGGGGAGCCCUGCGGCGGCGUUUGGGGGCAGCCGAUCGAUGUAGAUGCUUCGUCUCGUGCAAUCUGGGUGGUAUGCGAGAAGGAGUACAUGACAUCGAAGGGGACACAGACGGAGCACUUCCUGUUUGCCAAGUGGGGCUGGUCGACCACCAACAACCACGUAUGGUGGCACAUGAUGCGAGGCGGCAACGUUGUGCAGUUGGACGCCGACGACGACGCUAUGUGGGGCUUGGACAACGACGGUUACAUCCUCUGGAGACCAGCAGGUGACGUGGGCAAGCACAGCCGUUGGUUGCGUGUCGAUGGUCCACCUGACAUUGCUUUCAAGCUGAUCGCCGCAGACAACAACGAGGGAGGAACCUGGCUUUGGUGCAUCGACAUGGAAGACCGCGUCUGGCGAAGGUCGCCGGGAGACUACCACCUCACGAACACGCACGGCAAGUGGACUCAUUAUGACAAUGAAGGCAGAGAGUUCUGGGAGAAGCCGCACGGGUCCGUUUUGAAAGAUCUGAAGGCGAAUCAAGGUUGGGCCAUGGCUGUCGAUGACAAUGGGAACCUCCUGAAGCGGAGUAUCGAUGGAAGCUGCUGCGACGAUGGAGAGAACCCGAACAUUUCCCACAUCCGCUGCUGGUGCAUGGAGCCUUUAGCCCCGAGGCUGUCUGCAGUGACCGACAACGGCGACCAUGGUCUCGGCUUCUACUUUCCUUCCUUGCAGCAUAAGCAAGACAACGGAUGGUGGGCAGCCACGGCGAACCGGUGGCUCGAGCUUCUGACCAGUAGAGACGAUGGCCACAACGCGGAUAGUCCACACGAAGCCUCUCAGUAUUUCUCUUACCACUGCAAGCCGCAGGAAGUCGACCACUGUGCCGGCCUUGACGAGAGCAUCACGGACUUCCUCCAGGGCUGGAAGAAGGUCUCGCGCGAGCCAUGGCGGAACUGGGAUUGGGCCAAACUGAAGGAUGAGUAUGGCCACUGCAGCGGAUCGAGCACGGUAUGUCAAAGGCCACUCAAGCACUACGGAGCGUUCCGCGAGCGCUUCAUGCAGAAUCUUUUCUGCUGCUCGCGGCAUCUUCAAACGAUGGACGAUGUCGGCUGCGACUCGCCGAUUUGCAAAGCCUACGACAUGACCUGUCCGGGAUCUAGGCUGCUCACCUCUGACUUGGAUUGCACGGUCUACCACUCCAGGGACCCGGGCACUUUGAUUCAGAACAUGAGCCUCCUUGCUGCAGAACGCUUGGCGAAACAUGUCGGGGAGGAUCGGCCGGAUCUCUCCGUGCUUUUCGACGUCUCCUUGUACGGAACUUGGACCUGGAUCCCGGACGAAGUCUUUAGCCGCUUUGAUUGGCCCGCCUCCUCGAAGUCGCUCUUCGAGCGUGUGGAAGGCAAGGAGGGCGCUGCUGUGUGGGUCUUCCGACGGAAGUGCACGAACUCCGCCCGCCAGGCGAUCAUGGACAAGGUGAAGCGGAUGAUUCACGUCGGGGCCGAGGACAUCACGAGCGAAAACCUCGAUGAGCUCACUGUGGCUUUGCAACGUUUCGUCGGAAACCUUGCCGAAGGCAGCUACGGCUACGGGCGUUACAUGCGUGAUUGGGAUCGGCUCUACCAGGAUUUCCGUGCGGUGUCCAGCGUUCAGCGGGAGGGAUACCUCACCUAUGCAGCUACCCUGGAGGUGGUGGGACGGCAGCAGGUCGGUCUGCCCACUACCUUCGCAGAGGACUACCAGUGCAUGCGGCAGGUUAGUUUUCUCGAGCAGCUGGCUUUUAUCGCCCAGCACAUUCAGGUGGACGUCCCCGACGACAUCUGCGAAAGUACCUUCGACAAGGACAUCACCCGCAUGUUGCCACUU